AUGGAUCUUCGCUCCGUUCUGAACACGUCGGACAAUGGCGACCGCGGCCCCCCAAAGACGCCGCUCACCCCUCAGCAGCAGAAGCAGCCGCCGCCCCAGGGUUUGUCGCAGCCUCAUCCCGCCCAAAGCCCUGCCCAAUAUGCCGCCUACCGCGAGUACGCCCAACAGCAACAGCAGCAGCCUCAACAGCAGCACAUGAGCCAGGACUAUCCCCAUCAUCCCCAUCAACAACCGCAGCAGCAUCCUCACGGGGCCUAUCCUCAGCCUCCCUACCAGAACGCGUUGCAGCACCACCCGGCCCGUGACGCGCAGCCGCCUCCGCCCAUUCGGCCGGCCGGAUCCUUUCACGAUGCUCGAUCCCCCGGCGGCGCACACGUCCCACCUCAGUCGGCCUAUCGUCCGACUCCCACACCGACCAAUGCCCCCGCGGGUGCCGCCGGAUACCCGUUCCCUCCGCAGGCGCCUCCCGAGAUGGCCAGCCCCAGCCAGAGGCACCAGUAUCCGCCCGCGCCGUACCAGCAGCAACAGCAGCCGCCGCAGCAACAGCAGCCGCCUUCGCAGCACCAACGGCGCGACAGCUACUCGCAGGGUGUCGCGGGACACGGACACGCCUACGUGCAACCGCAACAGGUGCCACAGACUCCCCCCAUCGGCACCUCGGGCGCCUCGUCCCAUGCCUACAUGCACCAACGCUCCCAGUCGACGCACUCGACUCCCACCCCGACCUCGGCGCACAGCCAGCAGCACUUUGGCCCGCCGCACGCACACGCUAGUCCCGUCGUCGCCUCGCAGCCCCAUCCCGCUGACUUCAACCGACAGCCUUCACAGCCCCCGACGCCGAUAGGACCGCCGCCGCCCGUCGCGAGGCAGUCGACCGGCUUCGCCCAGCCCCCGAGCCCAUACCAACAGCGCAUGUCGUCGGUCGGCGGGCAGCCCCAGGCCUCGCCCACGAGCCACCCGCCUCCGCCGCCGCACGCCGUCCAGCGCAUGCCCAGCUCCUCCCACGCCGCCUACGAGUCGCCAGCCCGAGACUCGUCCCACAGCCGGCCCGUGUCCCGCCACGGCCCCGAGCGAGAGAACAGCCUGCGGGAGAGCAGCCUGUCGGUCAGUCCCCGCACGCGCGUCGCCUCGCUCGCCAGCAGCUCCGACAGGGACAGGCAGCCCCCUUCCUCCUCUGGCGGCCACGAGUCUGAGAGACGGCCCACGCAGGCAUUUCAGCCCAUGGCCGUCGACACCGCCGACCGCGCCGUCACGCCGGCUAAGCGCAAGCUUGAGGACCGCAGCAUGAGCCCCAGGGAGCUCGAGAACCGCCAGCCUCGGCCGCCACCCGGCGAGGUGAACGGACGCGUGCAGAAGCCCCCGACCCCCGAGCCCGCCAAGAAGAGACGGCAACCUCGCGCAAGGCCCCCUACCUGGGCGAAUAGCGCCCACUCCCUCGGCAACAGACCCCCCGCGCACCCCAACUUUGUCCUCCAGAAACGUCCCAACACGCACAUUAACGGCAAGCAAGAGAUCAAGACGGAGCGCACGAGCCGCCAGCCAUCGCCUGAGGCGCAGCGGGCGCAGCAGGGCAGCGUCGCCAACGCGCCGCCCGUCGAGGCGGGUCCCCAGGACAUCCUUGGCCCGUGGGAGGCGAGCAUCACCGGUAUCAAGCCCUACGAGGAGGUAUCCAAGAAGAUUGCCGACUUCAUAUUCAUCAACGCAGUUAACAACCGGGACAUCAAGGAGAUUGUCAGCCGGGGCAUUCACUUCGAGAUUGAAGCCAAGCUGGGCACGCUCAUCGACAAGGACACUAACCACCGCGUGGAGCGGUUCCUCGACACAGAGACGGUGCUGCAGGAUACGGGACGUGUGGCAUUUCGAAGUAGCAUGACGGAGGCCCAUCACAAGGCUUUCAACGAAUUCCUCAACCAGAUGGUGAUCCAGACGGACCCCCGCGCAGGCACGAACCGGGUGCAGGUGCACUACAAGCACCGCCGCGAAAUCGACCGCUACUUUGAGCUGCCGCCCGACCUGCAGAACCGGAUACCCGGCUGCGUACGCUCUCGCCUCGGAGCCCGCGCUCGGAACGUGCGCGUGAGGGUGACGUACGACCAGCGCACGCGCGAGGUGCUCGACAAGAUCAUCAAGGCGCGCGUGGCCGACAUCGACCUGCACAUGCCGUCCUGCCCGAUGGACUGCCGGCUGAGCAUUAACCUUGAGAUGCCGUGGGACGGUCCGGUUGAGGAGCUGGAGCGGCUCGCGGUGAACCCGACCGAUCGGCAGCCGGACAGGAACAAGGACCGGCUGAGCUACAGCCAGGGACACUACCAGGUCGACCUGACGCAGGUGACGGUGACAAGCCAGGGACCCGGGAAUUCCCAGCGGACCGAGAAGGAGCACGAGCUGGAGAUUGAAGUUUCGCCCGAGAUUGUGCUCGAUCAGGGCAACAGGGCGAUGAACGGUGCGCCCCAUCGGUACCAGGAGCUGAUUGAGGGCUUGGUGGAUAAUGUGCGGUUGCUCGCGCGAAAGGCGCGGGAGUUUGGCUGA